UUCCCUGCAGGUACAGCCAGGAUGGAGGAGCCCCAAGGGGCGAUGCGAAUUCUGGUGACGGGGGGCUCGGGGUUGGUGGGCAGAGCCAUCCAGAAGGUGGUGGCGGAUGGGGCCUUGCUGCCCGGCGAGGACUGGGUGUUCGUCUCCUCGAAGGACGCUGAUCUCACGGAUGCUGCACAGACUAGAACCCUGUUUGAGAAGGUCCGGCCCACGCAUGUCAUUCAUCUUGCUGCAAUGGUGGGGGGUCUGUUCCGCAACAUGAAGUACAAUCUGGACUUCUGGAGGAUGAACGUGCACAUCAACGACAAUGUCCUACACGCAGCCUUCGAAGUGGGUGUGCGCAAGGUGGUGUCCUGCCUGUCUACCUGCAUCUUCCCAGACAAGACCACCUACCCAAUCGAUGAAACCAUGAUCCACAACGGGCCUCCGCACAACAGCAAUUUCGGCUACUCCUAUGCCAAAAGGAUGAUCGACGUACAGAACAGGGCCUACUUCCAGCAACAUGGCUGUACCUUCACGGCUGUCAUCCCCACCAACGUCUUCGGGCCCCACGACAACUUCAACAUCGAGGACGGCCACGUGCUGCCGGGCCUCAUCCACAAGGUGCACCUGGCCAAGAGCAGCGGCUCAGCCCUGACGGUGUGGGGCUCAGGGAAGCCCCGGAGGCAGUUCAUCUACUCACUGGACUUGGCCCGUCUCUUCAUUUGGGUCCUGCGGGAGUACAACGAGGUGGAACCCAUCAUCCUGUCAGUGGGCGAGGAAGACGAGGUCUCCAUUCGGGAGGCAGCUGAAGCUGUGAUAGACGCCAUGGACUUCCGAGGGGAAGUCACUUUCGAUGUCAGCAAGUCUGACGGCCAGUUUAAGAAGACGGCCAGUAAUAGCAAGCUGCGAUCCUACCUGCCGGACUUCCGCUUCACUCCUUUCAGGCAGGCCGUGCAGGAGACGUGUGCCUGGUUCACCGAGAACUACGAGCUGGCCCGGAAGUGAUGCCAAGGGGCGCCCCCCCUCCCAGACCCCAGGCCCAGUCUGCCAGCGCCAGAGGCACCCACGUCCGGUCGAAUCCAAGCAGCUUACCAGAGGCACCCUUGUCCUGUUGGUCCUCAGGGAACCCAAGGCUCGGCCUGGCACUGCUGCUCACGGCAGUUCCCCAGGGAACCUCGACCCUCAAUAAAGUGCAUUUCACUGG